AGUGGAAUGAAAUCAUACAGGCGACCUAAAGUCAUCUAUUUUAGUCUAUCUCCAAUGUAGAUUCUACAUUGUAAUGGAGUUAGAGAGAUACGCAAUAGAAUCAUUCAAAGUAAUUUUUAUAAUUCCAAUAAGUCAACACAAAAUUCGGUAUAUUGAUUCUAGAAUGUUCAUUGCCCUCACAUUGAUUCAUUGUUUUUUUUCUUCUGUCGAAUGGUAUUUAUAUAACUUAUGUGCAUGUAGUAUAUAGUGAAUGACAUUAUGUGAAAAGUGGAAAAUGUUCUUAUAUGUCGCUCAGUUUUGUUUACUCAUGGACCUAUUCAACAAAGUAGCCGUAACAAACACACAUUUUUAUAUAAUUUUUAAAUGUCUUUUGGAUGUUAAUGUUUUUCCACGAAAACAAACUUCAGUGGAUGAUAUUGAUUUUGAUGUUUUUGAGUAUCUAUUGUUGGUGCAGUUGAACAUUCUUUAAAGGAGCAAUAUAAAUAAUGGUAUUUCAACAAAAUGCGCCUAAAGUUAUUAUUUAACUGCUUUAUGUAGUUCAGCCUAUUCGAUUGUAAUAUGUGUUCAUCUUAUCUUGUUAUUUCAUACUUUUUAUCAACGUAAUCCAUGCUCAACUUAGUGCAAUCACUUGACACUUUGAUUCAGUCACAUUUUUGGCAGACGUAAUACGAGUUGUAUUGACUAUUUUGCAAAAGACAAAUUGAAAAACAUUUAUAAUCUUUUUUUUAGUUUUUUUUUUUAAUUUUAUUUGUGUAUAUUUUUGAAAACCACGCGUAUGAAAACAUAUGCAAAGAGCACCGGAUCUAUAACAAGUUUUGCAUAGAUAGUUUUUUUUAUCGAGCUUUGGGCAGAUAGCAAAUCAGUCUUGAUUAAAAAUCCAAAAACAUUGAACUUGAAUGCAAUUUUAUGUAGUAAACACGAUAAUUCCCCAUAGAAGAAAUUUACUUACAACGGAAUUUAUUUUAAGUGACCUCAAACAAAUGACCUCAAUUUUUGAUGAAAUCAAAGUUGACUAAUUUUGUUGAUAAGAUAAAAAAGUGGUCAAAUUUGUUACAACAGAGUAAUGGCAUUUAAAAAUAAAACUCAAAGCAUCACAGUCUUUUUCGUGUACUCAAGAAAAAGUUGACACUUUAACUCUGUCACAAUUUUGUCAGAUAUAAUACGAGUUUUAUUGACCAUUUUGUAAAAGAAAAAAUAGAAAAACAUAUAAAAUCAGAGUUGUGUGUCAUCAUCGUUGCAAAAGUUCUUGUUCAUAAUCAAUUGUAAUGUGUGCGUUAAGACGUUUUGUUUUCAAUAAAUAUUCACACACUGUUCACCGAUGCUUUUCCACAAAAAGCAGGCCAUAUCCAUUAGAUGGAAUUCGUGUGCUUGAUCUCACACGCAUUGUGGCUGGUCCAUAUUGUACGAUGAUAUUAAGUGAUCUUGGUGCAGAUGUAAUAAAAAUCGAACGACCGGGUGAUGGUGAUGAGUCACGUAAAUGGGGUCCACCAUUCGUACAGAAUUCCACUGAUUCUGUAUACUUUUUGGCAAACAAUCGAAAUAAGCGAAGUUGUUGUAUUGAUCUGAAGCGUGGCACUGAUAUCCUCUACGAUUUGGCAAAGAAAUGUGAUGUCUUAGUUGAAAAUUACGUGCCUGGCAAACUAGAUGAAUAUAAUUUGGGCUAUGACCAUAUGAGCCAAGUUAAUCCAGGGUUAAUUUAUUGCUCAAUAACUGGCUACGGCAGUGUAGGUCCAUAUGCAAAACGUCCUGGUUAUGAUGUCAUAGCAGCUUCUGUGGGUGGCCUUCUACAUAUAACGGGUUCUGAAGAUGGACCACCGGCCAAAGUUGGUGUGGCCGUUACUGAUUUGGCGACGGGAUUGUAUGCACACGGUGCCAUCAUGGCGGCAUUAAUACAGCGCAUGAAAACGGGCAAAGGGCAAAAAAUCGAUUGCAAUCUAUUGUCCACUCAAGUUGCAAGUUUGAUAAAUGUCGCAUCCAAUUAUUUGAAUGCACAAAAAGAAGCGAAGCGAUGGGGAACGGCACACGAAAGUAUCGUACCGUAUGAAGCAUUUCAAACAAAAGAUGGCUAUUUGACUGUUGGCACUGGCAGUGAUUUACAAUUUCAAUCACUUUGCCACUAUUUAAAUAUAGACCACAUUCCAAAGGAUCCAAAAUUCAGGAAUAAUCAAGAGAGAGUCAAAAAUAGAACCGAAUUAAUAUCGAUUCUAUCCGAAAUAUUUGCCAAAGAAACGUCACAGCAUUGGAUGAAAUUAUUUGAAAAUGCACCAUUUCCAAAUGGUCCGAUAAACAAAAUUGCCGACGUAUUUGACGAUCCGCAUAUCAAAGAAAUUGGUAUUGUGAAGACAUUGUCGCACCCAACUGGAGGUGAAAUAAAAGUCGUCGGGCCACCCGUCACAUACAGCGACUCAUCGAACACAGCACGGACUGCCCCACCAUUACUAGGUCAACACACUGACGAUGUGCUACGAAACAUUUUAGAAUAUGAUGAACAAAAAAUUAUGCACUUACGACAACAAAAAAUUAUUCAAUGAGGUGUUUUCAUCAAUUUUAUCUUUGGAGAUGGAUAAUUUAGGGGAACACAUUCAAAAUACUCAGAUGGUUAAUGUGUUUUGACUAAAAAAAUUGGUUCAA